AUGUCUACUUUUAGAAAUUGGAAGAAACCUGAGUAUGGGUGGUUGAAAGCAAACUUUGAUGCGGCAUUAGAUGAGCAAAACUGUGUGGUGGGACUUGGGAUCAUCAUAAGAAACUGUGAAAGGGAGUUUGUGGCUGCAUACAGUGAACCACAAAAAAUGAAGGCCAAAGCAGUGGUAGCUGAAGCCAUUGCACUGAGAAGAACUAUUGAAAUCUGUAUAGAGAUGUGUUUUAAUAGAGUAGUUUUUGAAGGUGAUGCACUUAUAAUAAUCAAUGAUGUGAAGGAUAAUGUGGAGUGUUGGACGUGGUAUGGUCAGGUAGUGGAAGAUGUGAAGAGAAGCUUGGAAGAAAUGUUGCACUGGGAGCUACAAUUUGUUUGCAGAGAGGGCAAUAUGAUUGCUCACAAACUGGCAAGAUAUGCUUUAAAUUUAGAAAACUUUACAUGUUGA